AACUCAAAAAUAGUCCGAGCCCAUCCGAUCAACCCCCCUUCUACCACACCACGUGGACCAGGUGGUAGGAGCGCGAAGUAACCUGACCGGAGAAAAUGCUAGAGAGAGAGAGAGAGAGAGGCUAGAGCAGACUUCAAAGAGGUGGCUGUGAGGGGAAUCAGCAGCCUUUGUCAGGGGGGGCUUGCCAUAAAAACGACAGCUCUUGAUAUCUUCUCUAUCCUUUCUUUUUAGGUUUUAGGGUUAGGGUCUGGUUCCGGCAGAUCCUUGGGCUUGGCUAUGGCUUCGGGAGGAGAAGCAGGGGGCGAGUUUCAGGACUGGGAGGUGCUCCACGACUCGGAUUCACCCGUUGUGAGCUCGUCCGACUGGGACAACGAGCCUUCGAGGGCUGUCGAGGUCGAGGUCGAGGGUAUAGAAGGUGACUCGGAAGGCGUGAUCAGGCCCAAUUACUUCUCGCUCGAUUUGGAGAAGAGGUACGUGAGGACUACUGCUGAUGUGAGCGAGGAGGGGUCGGUUGAGUCGGACAAGCCCAGUUGGAUCGAUCCCGGGUCGGAGACUCGGUAUGAGAGGAAGAACUUGGCCGGGUCCUGGUCCGAUUCAAGCAGCGAUCGCUCCGAAAGUCGUAAAUUAAGCGAUUUUGAUGCUAGACAGGAGUUGGGUUUCGUGGAAAAUGCGAAAAGCCAUGUGGGUUUCGAAGGGAUUGACGAAAUUCGAACCGAGAAUAGGGUUUCGGGAAAGUUCUGGUCAGAUUUGAGCGGCGAUCCGUCUGAUUUUCGUAAAUUAAUGGAUUUCGAUGGGAAGGGGGAAUUGAGUUAUGCUGAAAAUCUGAAAAAUCAGGUCGGUUUUGAAGGGAUUGAUGAAGUUGAAACCCGGGAUAAGGAUUGCAACAAAGUGUGGCUUGAUUCAGGUGGAUAUGGAUCUCUCUCUGUGGAAUUCAGGGACGCCCGGAAGAGUGAGAUCGGUUUAGGCGGUUAUGCGGAAACCGGUUCAGAGAAUUUGAGUGAAAACAAUGGAGGAAGUGGGUUGGUUGAAGAGCUUGAGGGAGGAAAUGAGUGUGCUGAAGGGGAUAGAAGCAUGAUGUUGGAGGGAAGUGAGGAUGAGACUGUUGCAGUGACCAACAGUAUGAAAUCAAAUGGAGGGAAAGAGAAGAAGAAGAUAGUGUGGUGGAAGCUUCCUUUGGAGUUUGUUAGGUUUUGUAUUUUUAGGGUUAGCCCAAUAUGGUCUUUCUCUUUGGCGGCUGCAGUAAUGGGCUUUAUUAUUUUGGGUAGGCAGCUAUACAAGAUGAAGCGAAAGAGCCAGAGCUUGCAGUUGAAGGUUACUCUUGAUGAUAAGAAGGUGUCCCAGUUCAUGACUCGUGCUGCACGUCUCAACGAAGCAUUUUCAGUCGUGAGGCGUGUCCCCGUGGUUCGACCUUCACUGCCUGCAGGUGGGGUUACCCCAUGGCCCGUGAUGAGCUUGAGAUAAAGUACAGUGAAAUAGAUUGAAGAGAAAGGCAAUGUGUGCACAGAGCUUUAAGCUUAUGUUCUUUACACCACCUGUUUUCUAUGAAUCUGGAUGUCCUGCUCUGCUAAUGCAUUCAUCUUAGAAUUUGUUUGAG